UUUAUGUGCAUUUAGAUAAAUGCACAAAAAUAUAGUCUGAUGUUAUUGUGAUAUUCAAACUUUGUUAAGUAAUUGAAAGAUUUUUGUUCGAUUGGAGAAAUGCAUGGAAAUUAUUUUGAUUCUGAAUAUUGAAGAAGAAUAUCUCUCAAAAAAUGACUUCGCAUUCGCAUGCAAGAACGAUGUGCACCGGAAACACAGUAUCUAGCGCAUUCUCUGCGCUGCACUUCUUACGAAGUUACAGUCUCUUCGCUCCAAAUUCAGAUAUGUACAGAUACGAAGCAUACCCGUCACGAGAUUAUAACUUUGUCGAGCCGGAUAUUUUAUCGAAUUCCGCUGCAACAGAUUCACCAGCUUCACCGUUAACAUCCUCUUCUCUAUCAACGACAUUUUCAGUUCCGGGAACUCUGCUUCAACCGCCCUUUUUAACUGCGAUGCCGCCUUUGGUGCAGUCUCUGAACGUGCCUCAACCGUUUUCGACUUCUUCCUCAGGUGUCAUGAGCCGCCACUUUAUCACCGCAAGUGGCAUAACCAGCCUCCACAAGAGACCCAGAAGCGAAAAGAAACCAAUCCCAGACGACCAGAAGGACGAGAAGUACUAUGAGAGGCGCAAGCGGAACAACCAGGCAGCGAAAAAGUCACGAGAUGCUCGCAAGAUCAGAGAGGAUCACAUUGCUCUGAGGGCGACGAUGCUGGAGCACGAGAACGCGAUCCUGAAGGCGCAGAUAGUGACCCUUCGCGAAGAGGCGCAAUCGUUGCGACACAUGUUGAUCAAACAACACACACCAGCAAUACAAUCCAUCGAACGGUCGCUUUCCUCCAUGACACCUGUAACACUCUCACCCCCGCAUACUGCAAACCUAGAUUGUUAAUCUCGAAAAUUCUUACAAGGAUCGCGUAAAUGUUUAUAUCCCGACAAGUGAUGACAAAUUGUAUUAUUAUGUUGGAAAUUUUUGUGACUGUAAAUGUGUAAAAAAAUUCUUGCGUUUGCUGAGAAAACAACAUAGUUAACUACACUGCUCUUUUCUUUGUGCAAAUAGUAAAAAGAUCAGCAGUGAUUGAAAGAGAUUAUCUUAAUCUUAAGACUUGGAUCGAAAGAGAUUAUUAUUUCCUGUUAAAAAAUA